GUCAUGUGAUCAGCUGUGUCCACUCACAGCUGAUCACAUGGGACAUGUACACUGAUGAUCAGGGCACUGAUGAUCAGUGUGCCCUGAUAAUCAGUGUAGCCCCAGCAGUGUCACCUGUCAGUGUCCAUCAGUGCCUUGUGUCAGUGCUCAUCAGUGCCUCAUGCCAGUGCCCAUCAGUGCCACAUCAAUGCCAAAUAUCAGUGCCUACCAGUGCACAUCAAUGCCACAUAUCAGUGCCCAUCUGAGCUGCCUUUCAGUGUCACCCAUCAGUGCUAGUCAGUGCCACCUAUCAAUGCCAAUCAGUGCCACCUAUCAGUGCUGACAGUCAGUG